UCCAGGUCUCUUCUUGAACUCAAUUCAAAAGAUGCCCAACUCUGACUGUGGUUCAAAAGCCAGAAAAAAGGGAACAAAAUAUGGCAAGCUGUCUCAGAGUGGGAACAAGUCAGGGUCUGGUGGCAAAACCCUUACCCUGAGACAGCAGUGUAUCAUCGACAAACGGGGUUUCAUCAAUUCACAAAGAGUACGAGUGGAGAGGAGACAGAGCACCAUGAAGUUUGACAAGAAGAAGCCACUCCCCACUAUGUCCAGUGAAGAGGUGGUUGAUCCACUUGAGGGAACCUCUGGAUCCACCCCCUCCACCAGUCAGCAGCACAACAAGACGAGCAGGACCACUGCAGGCUUCACCCCAACAGCAACUGGGGUAGAGGAGAGAGAGGCAAGUCGCCCUGAGCUGAUCAAGGCACGCAUGCAACAGGCAACAGAGGCCGGGGAGGCUAGACAGGCCAUGACACAGCCCCAGACACCACAUGAGAGGGCUGUUGAUAUCUUCCAGGGAUUCUUAAAGACUGAGCUGCUCAAGAUACCAGAGAACAUGUGGUUCAAAUACACCAUGGCUGCCAUGACGGUGGCCCAUAACUUCUCCCAGCCGGUAAAUAUUUUAAGUAAUUUUUGUGGAAUCUUGGGGAAAUUUGAUUUUAAUAUUUGA